AUCAAGGACUCAAGCCAAUAGUUUGUAUAAAAUACCGAGCUCUGACGAUUGAUAAAUCAUUUUAAACAAGUGUCGUAGCAGCGUUUAUAUUGAAAAAAAAAAUCAUGGAUUUAACAAUCGUGAUUGUUUUCAUUUUUGCCUUUCUUGUGUCAGUUCUUUUCCUCAGAAGACCAAAGAAUUUACCGCCAGGAUAUUCCGGAAUCCCGUACAUUGGAUCUGUGCAAAUGAUGCUUAAGUUACGUGGUAAAAGACCUCAUAUUGCACUACAUGAAGAGUCGGAAAGACAUGGCAACAUAUUCCGGUGGUAUUUGGGCAACCAAAUGAUCGUUGUUUUAAGUGGGUAUGACAUUAUACACGAGGCUCUUGUGAAGAAAGCCGAUACAUUUAGCGACAGGAUUCUAUUUAACAGAAAUCCACUAUUCCCGAGAACGGAAGGUGAACAUGGGAUUUUGACAGGGCAAUACGAUCAAAUUUGGAGGGAGUUACGGCGCUUCACGCUUCAAGCUCUUAGAGAUUUUGGAGUAGGGAAAGCUUCAAUUGAAGAGAAGAUAGCUGUAGAAAUAGAGACAGCAACCGAAUACCUUGAAGGCAGGAACGGAAAACCUACAUCAAUGAAUGAUUUAAUGCAGCAGGUGGUAGCAAACGUUAUAUUUGGAAUCAUCUUUUGUAAAAGAUAUGAGUAUGACGAUCCGGAAUUCGAUAAAACUCGAAAAAUGACAAACAAUGUUGUAACCGGUUCAGGUCCCGUCAGCCCAUCUUUGUUUAUGCCAAAAAUUCUUGCCAGGUUGCUGAAUCCGAAGGAUUCUGAGAUCACCGCGAGCCGGCGACAAAGCAUCUUGAAGAUGCGUGACUAUGUAUUUGAACAAAUAGAAGAACACGAGACUACCUUUGACAAAGACAACAUCCGGGACUUUAUUGAUAUCUAUAUCCAGACUAAGACUGAAGGGGACGAAAGCAUACGGAAAUUUGUAACAAAGGGAAACAUGUUCCGCGUGAUUUUUGACCUGUUUUUGGCAGGAUCUGAAACUACGUCAACAACAUUAGAUUGGGCGUUUCUAUUUAUGACAGAAUUGCCGGAAGUGCAGAAAAAAUGUCAGGAUGAGAUUGAUAAAGUACUCGGUGACAAGGUCAUAGAAUAUUCCGAUCGUACUAAGCUUACAUAUGUAAAUGCCGUCAUUAUGGAAAUUCAGAGAUGUGCGAAUAUAGUGCCAUUGAACGUUGCGCACUCUACCACCGCAGACACGUCUGUUGGAGGAUACAAUAUUCCCGCCAAGACACUGAUUAUACCUUCACUCUACUCUGUUCAUAUGGAUACAAAGUAUUUCUCCAAUCCAGAAAAAUUCGAUCCCGACAGAUUUCUAGAUGGACAGGGUAAUCUGUUAAAGAACGAAGCUCUUCUGCCAUUUUCAACAGGACCUCGAACAUGCCUAGGAGAACCAUUGGCAAGAAUGGAGCUAUUCUUAGUGUUUGUUUACCUGAUCAAGAGAUUUAACUUUGCUAGAGAAGAUCCAAACAAGCCGCACACACUGGAAUCCAAACAGUCACAGGUUACAAACGCUCCGUUACCGUAUAAGUUACGGGCUACCAAAAGAAACUGACAAUUUUAAUCAAAUGAUGUCGAUAAACACAUCUUCAUACGGAAGUGUUUACCAAGUAAAAACUGCUGAACUUCAAAUAUUCAAUCACGAUUACUUACCUACAUAUGUUAUCAACGAUUUCCUAAGGCUUAAGGAUCAUUAAACAUAAAAUUAAUUCAAUUGAGACCAAUUGUUGCUUUUCUCGACAUAAGAAUGAAACAAAACUUGACUAUGUUAAUAAUGUUUUUGUGUGCCUUAAAAACAUAUCAGGAAAAUGACACUUAAAGCAUAAUAUGAUUGUAUUUUGAGUAUUGGUUAUCUCUGACUAGCUGUAGCUUAAAUCGAUUUCUUGAUUUCUUUUAUAGACAUUUGUAGCCCUUUAUUUCAUUAUGAUUAUUGUUUAAUAUGUAAAGAGUGUCAGCGCUAUGCAAUGAAAAUUGUAAAUACAGAAUAACAUUAUCAUCAAAAUCAACUCUGAAAAAACGUCAAAUUUGCUUAGGUGCUUCAAUUAACUCUAAGCCUGCUGGCGAUUACAGAAUCUAACCAUGCGACAAAUGUAUCCAUGCCGUCUAAACUAUACUCCAUAAAGAACAAACAACUUAUUGCAUGACCAGACAGAAUAUUUAUUGCAAAAAAGAUACUGAGCAGCCGAGAACAAACAUUAAUACACAAACAUUGUUAUAAUAAUAAAAACAUCAUGAAGAACAUAUAAAGAACAUGUAUAACAGAAUUUUGCUAAAAAAAUACGAGAGUAAAUUUUUGAAACUAACAUUGCUGCACAUUUUGUAUUAUUCUUAUUAUUGUAUUGUUUAUGUAUUUACUUUUAAACUUAACAAUAGAACAAUAUAGUGUUGAACAAUUUCAGUAUCUAAAAUAAUGAAACGUAGAAAGUACAGGCAAAAAAUUGAAUUAUUUACGUCAUUAUUAUAAUAGCUUAAACGCAUUUCGACUCGGCCAGGAAAAAAGGAGAUAUUUCUUCUAAUAGUUAUUUAAAAAAAAAUGAUCUGGAAAGCUGUGUCCGUUUGCCAAUGUCGAAUAACUAAAUGUUGGACCUCAUUCUAGCCGAGUCGGAUGACAAUAAGUGACUAAAUUAAAAAAAAUAUUAUAAUUGUGUUUUGUUGCAUGAAUUGAAAUUGAAUUUUAAUAAAAUGUCUUUUGUUAUUA